AUGAGUCACGACAACACACACAUCUAUCACGUCAUGAGUCACGACAACACACACACCUAUGACGUCAUGAGUCACGACAACACACACAUCUAUCACGUCAUGAGUCACGACAGCACACACAUCUAUGACGUCAUGAGUCACGACAACACACACAUCUAUCACGUCAUGAGUCACGACAACACACACACCUAUGACGUCAUGAGUCACGACAACACACACAUCUAUCACGUCAUGAGUCACGACAACACACACAUCUAUCACGUCAUGAGUCACGACAACACACACAUCUAUCAUGUCAUGAGAAACAACAACAAACACAUCUAUGACGUCAUGAGGAACAACAACACACACAUCUAUGACGUCAUGAGUCACGACAACACACACAUCUAUGACGUCAUGAGAGUGAAGAAGGGAGACCGUGUGUCCAUCUACCUCCCCAUGGUUCCAGAGUUGGUGUGUUCCAUGUUGUCGUGUGCAAGGAUCGGAGCCGUUCAUUCUGUGGUGUUUGCCGGUUUCUCCUCUGAGUCUCUGUGUGAGCGGAUCAUCGAUGCCCAGAGCUCAGUCCUGAUCACAGCAGACGGCGUGUAUCGCGGAGAAAAACUGAUCAACCUGAAGCAGAUUGUGGACGAGGCUUUGGAGAAAUGCAAGGAGAGAGGGAGUUCCACUGUGACCAAGUGCCUCGUGGUCAAACAUCCAGCUCUGAGGACCAAGGACGGAGCGGCCUGCAACAAGCUACAGACGGCCUGGGACUCCUCGUGUGACGUGAGCUGGGACGAGGCCAUGAAGGAUAGUGCGGACCAGUGCGAGCCCACCUGGAUGGACUCUGAAGACCCUCUGUUUAUCCUGUACACCAGCGGCUCCACAGGGAAACCCAAGGGCGUUCUUCACACCGUGGCUGGUUACCUCUUGUACACGUACCUGACGUUCAAAUAUGUUUUUGACCAUCACCAUGACGACGUGUUUUGGUGCACGGCGGACAUCGGCUGGAUCACCGGCCACUCCUACAUCACCUACGGGCCUCUGGCCAACGGCGCCACGAGUGUACUAUUUGAAGGCAUCCCGACUCAUCCUCACGUCGGACGAUUUUGGGAGAUCAUCCAAAAAUAUAAAGUGACCAAGUUUUACACGGCUCCCACUGCCAUCCGCCUGUUGAUGAAGUACGGACGAGAGCCACUGCAGAAGUUUGAUGUGUCCAGUCUGCGGGUGCUGGGCUCUGUGGGGGAGCCCAUCAACCCCGAGGCCUGGCUCUGGUACCACUCUGUGGUGGGACGUGGCCAGUGUCCAGUGGUCGACACCUUCUGGCAGACGGAGACUGGAGGUCACGUGCUCACCCCACUGCCUGCAGCGACUCCUCUCAAACCAGGCUCUGCUACGUUUCCUUUCUUCGGAGUGGUGCCUACCAUUCUGAACGAGCACGGAGAGGAGCUGGAGGGCGAGGCUGAGGGAUAUCUGGUUUUCCGGAGGCCGUGGCCUGGAAUAAUGCGAACUCUGCACAAAAACCAGGAGCGGUUUGAAAAGACGUAUUUCAGGAAGUUUCCUGGUUUCUACAUGACGGGAGACGGCUGCAGAAGAGACAAAGAUGGAUAUUAUUGGAUCACGGGACGAAUCGACGACAUGCUCAACGUGUCAGGUCACUUGUUGAGCAGCGCGGAGGUGGAGGCCGCCCUCACAGAGCACCCUGCAGUGGCUGAGGCUGCGGUGGUAGGGCGCCCCCAUCAGGUCAAAGGGGAGUGUCUGCACUGCUUUGUGUCUCUGAAGGGAAGCACAGAGUUCAGCCUGAGCCUCGUGCAGCAGCUCAAGACUCUGGUGAGGGAGAAAAUUGGACCAAUAGCGACUCCAGAUUUUAUCCAGAAUGCCCCGGCUCUGCCCAAAACACGCUCAGGGAAGAUCAUGCGGCGGGUUUUGAGGCAGGUCGCUCGUAACGACAGAGACUUGGGCGACUUGUCGACUCUCGCUGAUCCCAAAGUUCUGGAACAUUUGUUUAAGCUGCGAAAUGAAGCUGUUUGA